UGCAAAUAUAAGACUGGUUAAGUUAACAUGCUAACGCUGGUUAGCUAGUAGCUCCACAUGCUAAGCUUCGUGGGUCGCGGAUUCUGCCCACUCACAGCUGUCACACACACACGGGCCUCCUCCCGUGACCUGCAACACUCUGGGUCAUUUUAUGUGUUAUUAUAAAUCACAACUGAUACCACCUGUGGAAAAAGUAUUCAUAUUCCAGCUAACGCCGAAGCUGUAAGCAGCAGGCUUGUGUUCGGCAGGUAAAAGUGUCCCACGUUGUUUUGGGUGAAGAGGCCUCACUGAAUCCUCGGGCUAAAGUUAAACAAAGCCCCACAAGGCCCAAAAGUAAAGUCACAGUCAGUCCCCCCAUGUGAGGCCUUCAGAAACUGUGACUGUCACUUACUGGUUAACAGCUGCCCCUCCAGAGACGUGCCUGCAGGCCCCAGCGGUUCGCUCUUCUUGGGCACACCUGUCCCUCCGCCGGGGCAGGCCGCCGCGGAGCCACCGAGGGGAUACCCCGCUGGCGUCCCGCCACCCCCGGCCAUGGACAACGGGACGGGGCUACCGCCGCCUCCGUGCAGGGAAGCCAUGGACGGAUCCUCGUGCAAGAACUGACACUCCUCUCCAUAAAAACAGGUUUUAUCUUUCGCGUAAUAUCGACAGAAUUUCACUUUGACAUUGGGUAUCCCGACACCCCCGAGCGGAGCAGCUGAAGCUGGGAGUCCACUGUUCAUGGCACCGCUGCUGCCGCUGCUGCCGGAGGAAGACACUCACACAUAGAGGAGCAGAUAGCUGGCGAGCUAGCCAGCUAGCCUGCAAACACUUUCUCCUUAAAAUGCAACUUCAGCUGGUGAGGAACACUAAAUGAGCUACAGUACUCACAUUAUAAGGCUAAUAUGCAUUUGGUGUACGAGAAUACAAAUGCAUGUGUGGACUCCUGGUCGUCGUUGUUGUCGCUCUCCAUGCAGCUGCUGUCUUCGUAAAGUAGCCUGUUGUUGUUUUUCCUCGCAGGCUGCUCUCUCUGCUAGGGACCAGCUAGCAUAGCUUUGCAUUGUGGGUACAGCGUUCACCUGCUGCACAUGCGAGCUGCAGAGUUACUGCUCGGUCAUAACCUCAAUGCAUCCGAAUAAUGCUGCUGAAGAAAGAAGAAGAUAUCUUUUUAAGCACAUUUGCAAUUUGAACAAUACUUCUGUCCUCCUGCUGUGGGCUGAGCUGCUCGGCUCUGAUGGUCUGGCAGCGCAGACUCCAGCCUGUGUACCCAGUCAUGAGGUGGCGUGUUUUGUUCCAUCAGACCAUCUGAAUGUGUCUGGUACCGUCAGCGUAGAAGUGUUUGUUGGUAAGAAACUCGUCAUCUCUCUUGAUCGCAUCUCUGAAUCCCCCGUCUGCAGCUGGACCAGAGAAGCAGGACCAGUAGUGACUGUAAAUGGGAGUCAGUCGAUGGUGCUUCCCCCUCUUUCUGAGGCAGACUCAGGGGAGUACAUGCUGAGCUGUGUGAGCAGCUCCUCCAUGACUGUGUUUCUUCAUGUAGUGAUGAAGCGUCCCUCAAAACCAAAGCUGACAAUGGAUCGAUUGGAUGAGCAAUAUGAAUCCCCUAACUUCAUCUGCAUCUCUGAGGGCUUCCCAAAGCCCACCAUAAAAUGGUCAGGAUCCAAUGAAAGCACGGGAUUUCAUACAGAUGGUGGAAGUAGCGGGAGCAAAAUAUCCAGUGGAAAAUAUUAUAAUAAAAGGGCUAUGUGCUGUGCUACUAAUGCUGGAGGACAGGAGUGCUCUCAAGUAUAUGACUAUGACCUGCAGACUGACGUCAUGAAGAAGAAUGAGGUUUCUAAUGUGACUUUGAGCCCUGGUCAGUCUUUAGUGCUACGCUGCACAGUACUGAGCUACAACCCGCCACACUCUGUGUGGGAGAUAGGCAGCCGGAGGAUGAGUGACAGAUCAUUGAAGUGCUCUUCAAAAGUCAAAAAGGAGAUCUGCAUACAAAAUGACUCACUUUAUAAUAGUUUGAUGACCUACCUGUACAUCCAGUCAGUCCAUGUGAAUCACACUGGUACCUAUACCUGCAGGAGUCCAUCAAACAAAGUGAAGUCUGUCUACAUCAACAUCCAGGAGGAGGGUUUCCUCUCCUCCCAGCUGGAUGAGAGAAAGAUCCUGCUAGCCGGGAGUGCUUCAAAAUCCUGUCUGCAAGCUCAAGUCUCCUACCACCCAGUGCUCCAAAACUGUUCGUGGGAAGCCCCUAAUAAAACUGUGACCAAGUGUAUCAGGGACCAGUGGGUGACAAAACACAGUACCGUGAAGCUUUGUGAUCCACUCAGAUCAGGAGAUUAUAAGUUACACUUGGAGGCUGGAGGUCAAAAUGAAACAAAGACUGUAACAGUGUGUGUUGCAGACCCACCCAAGUUCAAAUUCAGUGCUGAUGAGGCAGAUGAAACCUUCACCUUCAAGACUGUGAGUCCCGUGCCCGCAAAUUACACCUGGAAGUGUUGUCCUUCGGCAAAUGAUAGUGAUUGUGACUCAGACUCUACCUGGAAAGUGAUCGAGUCCGGAUCAGACUCUAACAUCUCCUGUAGCAAGACACUCAAGAGCUCUGUGGGGCAGAAGGACUGCAGGGACGGACACUAUUUAAAGUUUUGCCUGACAAACUCAGUCGGCUCCUGGUGCCAAACCCAACUGCCCAUAUACUACUCAACUCUAGUCUCGGCCUCCAGAGGUGCUCCAAACGACGAGAGUGGCAGCUUGAUGGUGCUGAAAGUUGGCAGUGUGGUUCUGCUGCUGGCUUUAGCAGUAGUUAGCAUAGUGCUAGCAUACUUUGUGAAGAAGAAGAAACCUCAGUAUCAGCCCCAGCUGCAGAUAAUCCAGAUGGUCGGACCCAAUGACAAUGAUUACAUUUACAUCAACUUCAAGGACUUUGAGUACGACAAAAAGUGGGAGUUUCCCAGAGAGAACCUGGAAAUGGGUAAGGAGCUUGGCUCCGGGGCUUUUGGCAUGGUGCUCCAGGCAACAGCUUACGGCAUCAGCAAGCCCGGAGUCUCUCAGCAAGUGGCCGUCAAGAUGCUUAAAGAGAAACACCAGACUGUGGAGAAGGAGGCGCUGAUGUCAGAGCUGAAGAUGCUGACUCACAUCGGUCACCAUGUCAAUGUGGUAAACCUGCUGGGGGCAUGCACAGACUCUGGACCCACAUACCUGAUUUUCCAGUACUGCUGUUAUGGAGAUUUACUGAACUACCUAAAGAAAAACAGAGAGCUCUACCACAAGUCUGUGACUGAUGCUUUCAACAAGGACCGAUUCAGCUGCCUGUACCACAACCUGCAGCCCAGGAAGAGCUCCAGUGAGGGAGACGCAGGAGUGGGUCAUUACAUGCCUAUGUACCGCGCCACCACCAGAGGGCAGGAGGACAUCGCCCUGCUCACCCUCAACUCCACUGACAUGGACAGCUUCGAAGGACCAGAGAUCUUUGAAAAUCCAGACGACCCCGCAGAGGACCUGCAAACGCUGACAUUUGACGACCUGCUCAACUUUGCAUUCCAGGUGGCCAAAGGCAUGGACUUCCUCUCCUCCAAGAACUGUAUCCACAGAGACCUGGCAGCUCGAAACGUGUUGGUGACAAACGGCAGACUGGUGAAGAUCGGUGACUUUGGACUGGCUCGAGACAUCGACAAUGACUCAAAUUAUGUAGUGAGAGGAAAUGUGCGUCUGCCAGUGAAGUGGAUGGCACCAGAGAGCACCUUUCAGGGCAUUUACACCAUGAAGAGUGACGUGUGGGCUUAUGGCAUCCUGCUCUGGGAGAUCUUCUCACUCGGUGUUACUCCGUACCCAGGCAUGAAGGUGGAUCACACCUUCUACUCAAUGAUCGAGCGAGGGUUCAAGAUGGAGUGUCCCUACUACGCUGACGAAGCUGUGUACGGGAUGAUGUGUAAGUGUUGGGCUCUGGAUCCCUGCGACCGUCCGUCUUUCUCCAAACUGGUCUCCUUCAUGUGUGACCGGCUCAUGGACAGAGAGGAGAAGCUCUACCACAACGUGACAGAGCUGACCUCCAGCGUCUACCAGAACGCAGCAGACGUGUUGGACAUUUCUGCCUUGGAAACACAGAGCGAGAACAACACGCAGUCAGCCAACGACUAUCAAGCCCAGCUGACUGAAGGCAGCAAAGCAGAAACAUUGGAGGCUGUGGCAGCUGAAGAGAAGCUUCUGAAGACUUCUCAUGAAGAGUAAUCGCCUUCACUGAAUGCAUAUUGAUCCAACCUUUACAGAUGCUUUUUUGAUUGCAGUUUUUAAACAUUCUUCUUAAGUAGAUAUCUGAUUAGUUCUUUGUAUCCUGUUGAAUGUUACAAAAUAGCAAACAGGUUUUUGUAGUCUGUAUGGAUUAUAUUCUCAUUAUGACAAUGUGUGCAGUGCUUUAUUUUCUACAGAGGUACCUGUCAGAUAGUCUCAGGACUUAGUAUUGUAGCAACUUUAAGUUUUAUAUACCACAUUUGAACCAUGCAGACCAGAGACAUUUUGCCUUAAACUACUGUUUUGUAAUGAAAUGUCUAUAUUUAUCUUGUUGUCGCACAUAUGUAGCUCUUAGUUUUUUAAGAUUAAGCCAGUGCUUAUAUAUAUUUUUUCAAAGCUUUUUCCUAUUUUUACAUAUUUUUAAAGGAGUCAUUUGUAAACUUUAAAUAAAUUUCAGGCAAUAAAAAAUACAACAUUGAAGG